AUGACUCUUAGAAAUUUAAACGUUUUACUUUUUUUAACAAUUACACUAUUAUCUGGUUUAAAAACAACAAUGAUUGAAACGUUUUAUUGUAGUCUUCAUUUUAUUGUUGACUAUCCACUAUGGACGUUGACAUUCAUAACAAGAGCAAAUCAAGAUUAUUUCCAAACAAAUAUUUUACUAAGCACUUAUAUAUAUCGAAAUGUCGAAGGACUUAAUGAACUCUACAGUCGCUAUCGUUUUCCAUAUGGACCAGAAAGAAAAAAUGUUACAGUGCAAUUCUUUGUACAUGGCAUAACAAUUGUGACACAAAACUUAUGCGAUGAAAAAAACUCCAGUGAAAAUCAUCUAAAAAAUCCUUUACGAGAAUUUUGUUCACUAAACAUAAAUAGUGAUACACUUCUAGAUCUUAUUGCUCGGUAUGGUGAUUACCAUAGAAAAGCAAGUAAUAACGAACCUGCAUGUCUUUACUAUGGAUUUACAUCAAGAAAACUUAAAUCACAAAAUAGUAAAGCAACUACAUUGGGAUGGUCAUGGAGAGGGCAUCUUUGCAAUCAAUUAAAAGAGUUGGCCAGUUGGUCUCCAAAAAACACUGGUUUUAAUCCUCGAUAUUCUGCUAAUGUAGGUGUUAUUGCAGCUGGUUUCGAUGGAACCGAAGGUGAAAUGACUUUUUUCCAUGAAAUUGGUCAUUCAAUGAAUGCCGAUCAUGAUGACGCAAAAGACUUCAAAGAUCGACAAAAAGAAUGUAACCCAUCGGAUGCACAAGGCGGUAGCUAUCUUAUGUAUCCAACUGGUACUGAAGGACUUUUGACAAACAAUCGAAUCUAUUCCAAUUGUUCACUUGAUACGAUUUCCAAAUAUACUGAAAUACUCGGUCGAUGGAAGCCAAAAUGUUUGUCAACUACAAAGACAGUUAAAAGCAAAUGUGAUGGUAUUUUCUCAAUAGGUGAAAUUUGUGAUGAACAUCAUACAUCUAGUAAUUGUUGUACAUCAAAUUGUAAACUUAAAAAAGGUGCUGCUUGUUCACCAUCUGCUGGUUUAUGCUGUAAAUCUUCAUGUCAAUUUCAUUCGGCUGGUCAUCAAUGUCAUUCUGAAAGUGAAUGUAAAAAGCCUAUUGAGUGUUUAGGUACAUCAGCAACUUGUCCUGAUCAUGAAAGAAAAUUUUUCAAAGCAGAUAAAACUAUUUGUCGUGAUGGUACUUUACUUUGCAUGAAUGGUUCAUGUGAAUUAUCUAUUUGUACUUUAUAUUCCCUCAUACCGUGCCAAUUAAAAGGAUCUAAAGACACAUUUUGUAUGAUUGCUUGUCUGCAAAAUGAUGGUUCUUGUGUACCUUAUCAUAUAAUUAGCAAGAGUUCAGAUUCUUCUAAACCAUUGUAUUUUCCAUAUGGUUCGUUGUGUGAUUCAAAUCGAGGACAUUGUGAUCAAUUUCAUAAAUGUCUUCCUCUAUUAUUAGACGAUAGCGCAAAUCCAAUUGCUGCUGGAUUUAGUUCUCUUCUUCUUACUGAUUAUUCGACUUUAUUUAAACGGUAUUGGUGGAUAUUUGUAUUAAUUAUUCUUACUCAAAUAAUUUUAAUUCCUAUCGUUCUAUUACACUUUCGCAGUCAUUGUAUUUCAUCAAAUAAUCCUUUUCUUGAAUAA